CGACGCGCGCGCAGUUGUCAAAGAGAACAACAUUCGAGUUGUUUACGUUCACUUGUUUUGGUGAGUUCGCGCCAGAAACUUGUGAUUUUAUUGUGUUUUGUUUUUGACAUGGGGACCGAAGCGAUUUCAAAUCCUGGCUAUUCUGGCGGUCUAGAAGAAUUGUACACGGAUUUUGACGCCUGGAUAACUAAAAGGAGUUGGAAGUACAGACAAAGACCUAGCAGAAGCCCUCAAUGCUUUUCUUCAGAAAAACCACCGAGCGCAGCCACCAUAGACUUCCAAGAGUGUCUAGUCAAUGGGUUUGACAGAAGAGUCCUAAACACAUUCCCUAAAGACCUUAUAGGGUUAUUAAAUGUGUGUAGAAACGUAGAUUUGGUCCAUUUUGACUUGGCCAUGGUAAGACUGGUGAGAGAAAAUGGUAGAAGAAGGAUUUUGUUCGUGAAUAGAUCUAAGUUGUAAAUUGCCAUGAUAUUUAGACGUAAUUACUUAUAAUAUGGUAGGGUACACCUACAAGGUGUACCCGGCGACUUCAUAUAGGUAGUAUGAAAGCGCUGGAUGCAGGCCGCUGCCAAUCGAGGUGGAAAUCAUUGGGGGAGGCCUAUGUUCAGCAGUGGACGUCCUGUGAUGAUGAUGAACUUAUUGAUAUGUUUAGACACUAAGUCAUAAUAAUAUUCUUUGUAAAUUGCCAUGAUAUUUAGACGUAAU